AUGGAUGACAAAAAGGUUACGGAAUUUAUGGAGCUUGCUGAAAGUCUCGUCAAGGACCUACAAACGACCAAAUCUCAAAGCCAGGACUCGCAGCGUCGAUUUCAGAAAACUGAACAAGACCUUCUUAAUCAGAUUGAAGCACUGCGGUCUCAGCUUGAAGCAUGUACGUCAGAACUGAAGGAUACCCAAGAGGGCUGGCAGAAAACCACAGCCGAGCUCGAGAAAACGCGCGCAGAGCUUGUACCACUGAAGCAGAAUGAUACGGCGCUUCAGGAAACGCGUGAAAGUUUACGCGAAAGCAAUGCAGGAUUGACGCAUGCGCGUGUGGCGCUGGAGCAGAAGGAGGCAGAGUUGGAGGAUAUGCGGGGGCUUGUUGAGCAAAUGGCUGCAGAGAACGAGCAGCUGCGGCGGGUGAGCUUCGUGAUUAUUUUCCUUUACUGUAUCGGCGAAAGUGUCUGUAAAAAGGGUGAGGUCAUCAGCGCGCCUCCAGGUCCGGCUGACGCCACAUACUCAUGCGUAUACUACACCAAGGCUCGGUCUCCUUCCGUUGAAAUUGUUGCUGUCCGGACGAUCAGCAGUAAGGAUACAAACAAUUCUUCGAGCACUGACACACCUACCACCUCUCUGAAAAGGACGCAAAGCACGAAAGAGCCGUCACCUCUCGAGGUCAAGCGUAGAAGGGUAGAGGUGAUGAUAAAAAAGGAGUCUGAAUCCGAGGUGGACAAACCUUUUCAAGAAAAAACCGAACUACUUGAAACAACCCCUCUAGCUUCGUCUACCUCUUCACAAGUGGUGCAAACCACAAGACGUACAUUGGCACAACACAGUCAACCUUCACUUCCAACUAUCAUUCCAGCCCAGCAACCACAAAUAGCGACAGCAUCUACCGUUCAGACACCACAUCAGCCUCAGAAAGAAACCGACAAAUCUACACCAUCACCAAAGACGCCUUCUGCGACAUCUAAUGCAACACACCAAACGAUGGCCCAACCAAAUCCAACUCUCCAAAACCAUGUGGCGCCUACAGCGCCUGUCAUCCAAUCGUCAGCUUCAAAGACUUCAACUUCUCCCGGUAUAAACGCGUCGAAUCCACAUAUAAAUACGCCGUCUACUUUGACGACACAGCCAGUGGCUUCAAACUCAACGAGCCAAACUCCUGCCACUCAAUCCGUGAUCUCCACAAGAAUGCUAUCCUCCCAGUCAAAGGUUGCUCCAGAUGUACACAGCUCUCCGAGCCCUAAACCUAAAAUCAUAAUCCCGCCUCGCGCCUCUCCCACUAAAAAAGAAUCCAAAUCCACCGAUCUCAAACUCGCAUCUUCAUCUUCCACCGUCCUCAAACACCUCUCACCCUGCCAACCACUCCCCAUUUCCCCAGCACCCACUGCACCCGAAGUAUCCCGCAGAUUCCUCACAGCCACAUACGGCGGCAACCCGCAAAGCUUUAUCAACGUGCUCAAGAAAAACCCAACUGGUCCAGGAACGAGGCGGAUUGUGUUCCCCAUGCUGGACUGCAACCCCUUCGUCCCUAGGAACCCGGGCGAGCCGGGCCUGAUUUUCGCGUCGAGGCAUGAAAUCCUGUCGGACCCGCCCUGGACGGUUUUUGUGAAGAGAACAAAUGCGGCGCCAGCUGUGUGGAUGUAUCAGGGUGAAUAUGAGUGUACGCUCUGUGGGACGAUGACGGUGGAAGAGUUUGUGUCGCAGACCCAGAAGGUGCAAGAUAGGUGGGCGCAGGAGGUGCAUGAUGCCAAGACGUAUGAUGUCUAUGUGAUCAUGCGCGCACGCGUCGCUCUACGCAAAGCGGGCCUUAUUCCUCUCAAAGAUAAAGUGGAGGAAACCUCACUUAUUGAGGAAGAAAUGCAGAAUAUCAAGCGCGGCAAAGGACGGGUUGUAACGUUGGGAGAGAUUUUGUCUGCAUUUCAUAAAGGCGAGGAGGCCAUUGAUAUCAUUCGCAUGAACUGCGUCAAGUACGACCAUAUCUUCGCGGAUGAUAUGAAGGUUCAGUACGCGUCCUAUCACGUAUCACCUGGAAAAAAUUCGUCCAGUAGCCUCUCAGUUGUCAAGAAGAAAUCAAGAUCUGCCACUGUGCCCGUGCCGCGCCCGCCCUCGGUAAAAUCAAAUCCAGGUGGGACUGGUAAAGCCAGGGAGUACUCCAGGGCAACUGCACCUAUACCAACGACGCAUUCCGAAACUCUAUCGGCCGAUCGUGAUCUGGAUCUGGAAUUGGAUCCGGAUGCGGGGUUGAGAAGGUCGAAUCGUCCACGGUCGACGAGAGUUGUGUCCCCUGAUAACUGGUCAUCCGCGUCGGAAAAUUCUGACAUGGAUUAUGACUUCGAUGAGUAA